AUGAUGCGCCCACGCCCCUCGGUCUGCAGCCGCUGCUUGGAUCGCAGUCGGGCUUUCUCAACAACAGCACAACGUACACAAAACAGCCAGAAUGCUCCCUUCCCGCCGACGGCUGGGUAUAGCCGACUCACAAACCGUGGAUUGAUAUCCAUCAGCGGCAUCGACAGCACAACCUUCCUCCAGGGCUUGAUGACCCAGAACAUGCUAGUCGCCAAUGAUCCCAGUCGAAGCAUCCGCCGCACAGGUGCAUACACUGCCUUCCUCAACUCCCAAGGCCGAGUCCUCAAUGAUGCCUUCGUUUACCCGCUCCCCGGCGCCGAAACCCAGGGUCCCGACUCAGGCUGGCUAGUCGAAGUGGACAAGAGCCAAGUUCCAAUACUGAUGAAGCAUCUCAAGAAACAUAAGUUGCGCGCGAAACUCAAGCUCCGCGCUCUCGAGGAUGGCGAGCGCACUAUCUGGUCCUCGUGGAAGAACCACGCAGAACCACAACGGUGGGCUGCCUACAGCCUGGAAUCCGACUCGGCUUCUCCUUUCUCUGUUACUUCCGAAAUCGCCGGAUGCAUCGACACACGCGCUCCAGGCUUCGGAUCACGGAUCAUCACGCCUGGCUCCGACGGCUUGCGCACACAUCUACCUGACGAGGCGCAGGUCCCGGGUUCGGAAGUUGAGCUAGACUCGUAUACCGUCCGUCGAUUCCUCCAUGGUGUUGCGGAAGGUCAGGCGGAGGUCCUCAGUGGUUCCGCUUUGCCACUCCAGUGCAAUAUGGAUAUGUCUCGCGGUAUCGACUUCCGCAAGGGCUGUUAUGUUGGGCAAGAGUUGACGAUUCGCACACAUCACCGCGGCGUUACAAGAAAGCGUCUCUUGCCUGUGCAGCUCUAUGAUCUAGCUUCGGAAACGCAAAACGGCCUGGAAACCCUGACAUAUGAUCCCUCGGUGCAACUCACUAUGCCUUCCGGCGAAGCAGAUAUUGUCAAGGCCGGUGCUGCUACUCGGCGAAACCGCAGUGCGGGAACUUUCCUGAACGGAAUUGGCAAUAUUGGACUUGCACUCUGUCGUCUUGAAGUGAUGACUGACGUUGCCUUGAUGGGAGAGACUCCUGCUCGUCCUCAUGAACAUCAGUUCAAGCUCUCAUGGGCACCGGAGGUAGAUCAACCUAAUGAAGUUGGUGUACGUGCUUUUGUGCCACCUUGGCUCCGAGACUUCAUCUCCGGCGGUAAAGAAGAGAAACCCGCGCCACGGAACACCGAUGCCGAAGAUGCUAUGCGGGCAAGGGAAAUUGUCGAGCAAUUAGAGGAAGAGGAAGAGGAGAGCGAAGCUCAACAAUCGUGA